AUGAGUCGCAAUUCCAAGCUUGCUCCCGAGAUCAAUCGAGCCCUCUUCGUCAAGAACCUCAGCUACACCGUCACACCCGAGGAACUCUUUGACCUAUUCGGCAAAUUCGGCCAUAUCCGCCAAAUUCGUCAAGGAAUCGCAAACAACACCAAGGGAACUGCGUUCGUUGUCUACGAAGAUGUCAUGGACUCCAAGGCCGCGUGCGAUAAACUGAACGGGUUCAACUUUCAAAAUCGCUACUUGGUCGUUCUGUACCACCAGCCUGAGAAGAUGGCCAAAAGCGCAGCCAGUCUCGCCGAGCGCGAGCAAAAGUUAGAAAAGCUCAAAGCCGAGCACGGCAUCGAGUAG